AUGUCUGGAAUCCCAGUAUACACGCAGAGCCCUAUUACCGCAGCGAAGGCAAAUGCACCUACACCCCAGACCGCUGGCCCAAAAACCUCUACCAGAGCUUCAGCACCAUCUAACAACCCCGCCACAACCACAGCCGUCCCCACUACAACAUCGCCAUACGCCCCCCAACCCGGGCAACCUGCCGUCCCAGCUCCCACAGGCUCUUUAGGUCCCCCAACUGGAGCAGCAAAUAAUUACACGCCCUCGCCCACUACUCCUUCUAAGACAGUCGACCAAGGCCCACCCCCGCCGCAGCCAGGAGCUGUACCAACGCCUCCGGGACGAGCGAAGAGCCCGCUUCCGCCGCCACCAAAGGUGGGAGAGAAGUAUACACCGCCCGAGCCGGCACCCCAAACUACGAGCCCGCCCUACCCUUCUCAGAUGGGAUUUGCGCCGCCGUCGAAUCAGUAUCAGCCUACGGCGACAGCAUCAUCGCGGCCGACAGGAAACUACCCCACCAUGUUGCCGGUGCAGGGUCAGGGGGUUGGGGGGGGGCAAGCGGAGAGAAGGAGCUUUGAGCAUCCGCCUGGAUACCAACAGAAUCCAUAUGGAGGAGGCAUGUCAGGAGACCAGUAUGAUGGUGCGCCGCAGCCAAGUCACGGCGGACAGAGCGGGCAGAGUGGGCAGUGGCAUCGUGCAGGGGAUAUGGAUGAUAAUGCCGGGGGGGAGAGUAUCUGGGAGACGGCGAAGAAGUGGGCUACAACCGCAGGGGGGAAGCUGGUAGAGACGGAGGUAGAGAUUUGGAAGAGAGUUAAUGGAGAGAAGUGA